GCUCAGCUCGGCCGUGCUUUUUGCUUUUCGACGACGACAGCGUACCAGAAGACCAUCAUGGCUGCUACCAGUGAAACCCCCAAGAUGCGUGAUCGCAUGACCACGUACAUUAAAACCCUCCAGAGAGAGAUCACGUCGGCGUUGAACACGCUCGACCAGGACCAUUCGUUCAAAGAGGAUCACUGGGUGCGGGCCGAGGGUGGUAUGGGCAACUCGUGCACCAUCCAAGGAGGGAAGGUGUUCGAGAAAGCUGGUGUGAACAUCUCCGUCGUGCAUGGGAUGCUGCCCCCUGCAGCAAUUCAGCAGAUGCGGGCAAAUCACAGCGAGAUCGACUAUGAUCCGAAGAGCGGGAAACACCUUCCCUUCUUUGCCGCUGGUAUCUCGCUCGUCAUCCACCCACGCAAUCCGCAUGCGCCGACGAUGCAUGCCAACUAUCGCUACUUCGAGAUCGACCAUCCUCCUACAGAGGAAGGAGGCGAGGCGAAGGUAGGAGAGACCCCGAUGGCAUGGUGGUUCGGUGGAGGGUGCGAUCUGACCCCAUCCUACCUCUACGAAGAGGAUGCGGUACAUUUCCACACCACGACCAAGGCGGCGUGCGACCCCUUCGGGCCAGAGAUCUACCCGUUGUUCAAGAAAUGGUGCGAUGAGUACUUCUACAUCACGCACAGGCAGGAGGCACGUGGUCUCGGCGGUAUCUUCUUCGACGAUCUGUCAGCUGGGCCUCACGCACGUAUCCCUGAGGUAGCAAAAAAGCCUAACACGCCAGAGGAGAUCUUCGCCUUUAUUCAGUCGGCCGGAAAUGCGAUUGUGCCCAGCUACCUGCCUAUCGUUGCCAAGCGCAAGGACACGCCAUACACGGACGAACAACGCCGGUGGCAGUUGAUCCGUCGAGGCCGUUACGUCGAGUUCAAUCUCGUCUACGACCGUGGGACCAAGUUCGGUCUCCAGACCCCUGGUGCUCGUAUCGAGAGUAUCCUUAUGAGCUUGCCCGAAACGGCGCGCUGGGAGUAUAUGUCCGAGAUGGGCAAGGAGGGCACGGAAGAGGGCCGGCUUAUGGCUCUGUUGACGACGCCGCGUGACUGGGCGUGAGUAGCUGCGGCUGGGCUGCAUUGGCGUCUGCGGAGCCCGCGCGUGGAACGCCAUUUGGCACUGUAUUAAUAGACAUAAGAGAAAUAAAGAAUUC